UGGAGGCCGUGAAUUUUAGGGUUUGUGCUUCCUCUGCCUUGUUCCUCUCUCAGCUUCCUUCUUCAAGCUACCCGAAAAUGACUAAGAGAACCAAGAAGGCGGGUAUUGUCGGGAAGUACGGAACCCGAUAUGGGGCUAGUCUGCGGAAGCAGAUUAAGAAGAUGGAAGUUAGUCAGCACAGCAAAUACUUCUGCGAGUUCUGCGGGAAGUAUGCAGUGAAGAGGAAGGCUGUGGGAAUUUGGGGAUGCAAGGACUGUGGCAAAGUUAAAGCAGGCGGUGCUUACACAUUGAACACUGCCAGUGCUGUUACUGUUAGGAGCACCAUCCGAAGGCUGCGGGAGCAGACCGAGAGCUGAAAUUGAUAUAUUUUACUUGCAUGUUUUUUUUAGUAUGUAGAUCUGAUCUGAGUGUAAUUCUUGGUGCUAAAUGGGUUUAGCUCCAAGAAGAAUUUUCUGUUUUGAAUUUUGACAUUUGGUUAGACUUAUGGAUUCGGGUUAUUGAAACAAAUGAAACUGGUGUAGGUUGUUGAGAGGAUUUUCAUGGCUAUCUUAAGAUUGUUUACCAGUUCAGUCUUUGAA